AAUUCAGUGACGAUAAACUUGCCCUAACCAAAGGGGUUGGGGGAGGUUCAUUUCCCAUCAGCAUCCUGCACAAGAAGUUUCCGAAGGGACAAUCCAGGUAAAUGUGGAGCCCUGGCUGCUUCUUCCAGGCACAGAGGGACUCAGAGCUAUUAGAAACGGAAUAGAUGAAGCAGAGGGAUAGUUCCCUGCUUUGUAGGAUCUCAGUGGGGGAUGACAGAGUUAGAAUUGUGGCAUAAGCAGGCAGGGAGGUCAGCGACUUGCUGGUUCCAGUGUGAGGUAAGGUCAGGGCCUGUGAUGCUGGUUCUAGAAUGGGGAGAGGUCAGUGCUGGUACAUUAUGGGGAGAAGAGGCACCAGCCUGAUUCCUACACUGGCAAUGUCUUAUUUUGGGAAGGAAAAAGCUUCUUCAGGUUUUUUAACUUCUAUCCAAGAUGCCAGCAGACAGCUCCAAGUGGCAAAGAGCAAUCUACUAAGUGUUUAUCAGUGUGGGGAGACAUCUCUUCCUGCUGGGGUUUUGGUUCCAGGAGUGCUCAGAAGGAAAACACAGGAAAUUGCAGCUCCUUCACAUGUAGAAGCAACCCUUGUGUAUCAGGAGAAGACACUAAAGCAGCCUUGUAGUGGUGCCCAGCAGAGUCCAAGGUUCCCUCUCAGUAGCAGAUCAGGGUACAGGGACAUAAGGUGGGAGCCUUAUAGUGGACACUAUUGUGGAAGGUAUUCUAGAAAGUUUCCCCAGCAUAAACAGGAUGAGAUCUCUAUAUGGGAUUAUCCAUCUGAAUGGGUCAGAGACAAGCAGCCAUGUGGCCCCUCUGGCAUGUAUCCAAGUGCCUCUGUGAAAGGAUAUCCUCCAACCCAGCAAAGGAAUGGGCAGCACGUUGGUGAGCUGGGCAGCCCAGGGGGAGACUUCCCACUGGCUACCUGUGGAUUUCCUCCCAGAGGUGCUUUUCUUAUGCCCAUAAAACUCAGUAAGAACAGAGGUCGACAGUCAGUGCAGAACCCUCCUCCAGACAUUUGCAUCCUCACUCUUGCCAUGAUGAUAGCUGGCAUCCCCACAGUGCCUGUGCCAGGGAUUAAAGAGGAGGAUCUGAUCAGAGCUGCACAGAACUUCAUGGCAGAGAAUCCAGAGCAAGGUGUACAGGGGGAGAUAACUCCAAAAAGGACAGGGGAUGCACAGUUCUGGAAGACAGACAGACAGAGGAAGAGACCAGUAGACAGAGGCUUCCAGCCCCCUUCCAUAGCACACUGA